GCUGGGAGGAGCGGCGCUGGCGAGCGGUGCGUCGGCCUCUACGGUUCGACUAGAAACGCGGUCUCUUCAGAGCCGGGACUUCCGGCGGAAAAAGAAGGCGGUUCCGAGUCCAGGCAGAAGGUUCCCACCGAGUCGGAAACCGUGUUGGGGCUGCCCCGAGAGGACCCACUUGGCACAAUGGAUGAUGGCCUCUGAACAGAUGCCAAGGAAGGAUUGGUACAGCAUUCUGGGGGCAGAUCCCUCUGAAAACGUGUCAGACCUCAGGCAAAAAUAUCAAAAGCUUGUAUUAAAGUAUCAUCCAGAUAAACAGAAUACAGAUGUUCCAGCAGGAACAGUGGAGGAAUGCUUACAGAAGUUCAUCGAAGUUGAUCAGGCAUGGAAGGUUCUAGGGAAUGAAGAGACAAAGACAGAGUAUGACCUGCAGCGCUGUGAAGAUGACCUAAGAAAUAUGGGACCAGUAGACGCCCAAGUUUAUCUUGAAGAAAUGUCUUGGAAUGAAGAUGAUCAUUCUUUUUCUCUGAGUUGCCGAUGUGGUGGAAAAUACUGUGUUUCCAAGGAUGAAGCGGAACAAGUUAACUUGAUUUCUUGUGAUACAUGUUCACUAAUCGUAGAACUCCUUCAUCAUAGCUAAAAUUAUUUGCAUUUUAGAAUUCUUUGAUUGUAUAUUCAGAAAGGUUCACUCAAGGAAAUAGAUUCUUUUGUUGUUAGGUCUAUUUUUGCAAAGACAAUUUAAGAUUGUGAAGCCGAUGCCAACUUAAAUUAAUAAAAAUUAAUUUACCAAUGUA